AUGGGUAAACAUCAUCCAUAUAAAGGUAAUAAUAUUCAAUAUCGUCUUGAAGUUGAAAAAAAUCUUUCAUCAUUAAUGAAAACAUAUCAAAUACAUUAUCCAAAACCUGUAUCAUUAUUAAAUGAUCAAGCACUUGUUAUAUCAUUAAUACAAAUGGGAAUUUUUAAUAUAAAUAAUGAUCAAGAUUUUAAUAUAUAUCUUUAUUCACAUUUACUAUUUAAAUCUAAAUUAUAUCUUGCAACAUCAUAUUUUAAUAUAACAGAAGAAAAUGAAAAAGAAUUAAUUGAUAAAAAAACUCGUGGUAUAAGUCGUUAUGUACCAGCUGAUUAUACUGAAAAUGAACGUGAAUUUAUUGAAAGAGCAGAAAAGAAAUAUUUCAAUGAUGGACAAAUACAAAUGUAUGAAUAUUAUCGUCCACAAUGGACUUAUCAUGCAAAAGGUUUAUGGUUAUAUGAAGAAAAUAGAAAUAAUAAUAAUUAUCCAAUAUUAACUUGUGUUGGAUCACCGAAUUUUGGUGUACGUUCAAUUAAACGUGAUCUCGAAGCUCAAUUAGCAAUUGUAACAAAUAAUGAAGAAUUAUAUGCUAAAUUUCAUCAUGAACGUAUUCGACUUUUUCAAUAUGGAACACUUGUUAUAUCUGAUCCAUUUAAACAAUUAUCACGUGCUCCACCAUUUUGGAGUCCAUUGUUUAUGAAAAUUUCUCGAAAUUUUUUCUAA